CCUGGGUCUGCCAUUUCUUCCCUGUCCACGACACCUUAAUGCUCACUCCUCACCAACUACAGACGAUCAAUGCAAUUGUUCACAACAUCGAAGUAGAAGAACACGUUGAACAACUCGCGACAGUCGACCGCCAGCGAAGGCACGCAGAGCGCGUCGCACGGGCCGCACACACCGUCCUUCACAUGCUGAGAGACGAUAUGAGAACGAGCGACCGUAUGGACUACGAUGCACUGUACGCUUCGCUGGAGAAUGCUACCCAGCAUGGUGCGAGACGGCACUCGGAGGCUGCGACGGCGAUGUGGCGUUUCGCUGUGCGUGUCUACAAUCGACUCGCCUCCCAUCGCCCUGCAUCCUGGCAGCGUCAUACUGCACCGUCCUCGAACGCGCCACAACCGGCGCAUCCACAGGCGGCGUCGCGGAGGUUCAACUCGAUGCCAACAUGGAGAUACGCGCAAUGGCCGGCACGCUACGUCCCAGUGUGGCAUUGGAUGCCUAUGCUCGCGUGGUAUCCUGUAUAAUUCGGAUACCUCCUCCAUCCCGCUCGGGCCCAGAACAACAACCGUCGAAGGUCACUACCUGUACAACACCGCUGUCAUCCUAGAUUUGUGGAAUUUCCCUCUAAUGGCAUGACAUACACUAUGAUUCGUAUGCCUACCGCGAUCGUAUCUCACGAUGCUCAUCGAGUGUUCAUGUCGGAUCACCUCGACGGUGCCAUAAUGAGCGCACGGAUGUUUAGAAAUGAAUACUGAAAAUUUGAGUGGAAGUUAGUCGUCAUAUUGCGAUGCACA